AUGGCGAAUGAGGAUCUGGUUUCAUGGAAUGCAAUACUAGCAGGUUACUCUCAAGAGGGAAAUCAUGGGCUUGAGGCGAUUUUUGUCUUUAUUGAGAUGGUGGGAGAAGGGAUGGGGUUAGAUCAUGUCUCAUUUACUAGUGCAGUUUCAGCUUGUGGUCAUGAAAUGAAUUUAGAAACUUGGGAAACAGAUACAUGGCUUGACAAUUAA